AAAAAAAAAACAAAGAGAGAGAGGAAAACGAACUUAGUACAAGCACAGAGAAAAGCGGGGUGUUUCCAUUGCCAACGACCAUGAUGAACAACACCAACCGUAGCCGCGAAGAAAAUCAGCGGAAGAAAGAGAGCACUGUAACGAGCUUAGACUCGAGAUUCAACCAGACCCUAAAAAAUGUUCAAGGGUUGCUCAAAGGCCGCAGUAUACCUGGUAAAAUUUUGCUAACUAGAAGGUCAGAUCCAAGCUUACAAGAACUGUCUCCAGAGUAUGAAAGGAGCUCCUCAUUCAAGGAUGCUGGCUCAAGUGAUCGCAUGACCAAGGAAGUAGAGGAAGAAGUGCAGAGUACAAGCAAUGCAAAUAAGAACACAAAUGUCAAUAAGUUGACAACAUCAACCUCAAAUAUUGAAAAUACAUCCAAAGAAGUUCAGAAGUCUGCUAUGGGUGCUAGAGCUACAGAUUCUGCGAGAGUUAUGAAGUUCACAAAGGUGCUCUCAGGGACAACAGUCGUAUUAGAAAAUUUGCGUGAGUUAGCUUGGAGUGGAGUACCAGAUUAUAUGCGCCCAGAUGUAUGGAGGCUUCUCUUGGGAUAUGCACCACCUAAUUCAGAUAGAAAGGAGGGAGUUCUAAGAAGAAAGCGCCUUGAGUAUCUCGACUGUGUUUCUCGGUAUUAUGAUAUUCCAGAUACUGACAGAUCAGAUGAUGAGAUCAACAUGCUUCGCCAGAUUGCUGUUGAUUGUCCACGAACCGUACCUGAUGUUACUUUCUUCCACGAACCAAAAGUUCAGAAAUCCUUGGAGCGCAUCCUUUAUACAUGGGCCAUUCGGCAUCCUGCAAGUGGAUAUGUUCAGGGAAUAAAUGAUCUAGCUACACCCUUUCUAGUUGUUUUCUUGUCAGAAUACUUGGAAGGGGGGAUGGAUAACUGGUCAGUCUCUAAUUUAUCUCCAGAAAAAAUCUCUAACAUAGAGGCUGAUUGCUAUUGGUGUCUAUCGAAAUUGCUUGAUGGGAUGCAAGACCAUUACACAUUUGCUCAACCAGGAAUUCAAAGGCUUGUGUUUAAACUGAAGGAGUUGGUUAGGCGGAUUGAUGAACCUGUUUCAAGACACGUGGAGGAGCAAGGGCUGGAAUUUCUUCAAUUUGCUUUCCGCUGGUUCAACUGUCUUCUAAUACGUGAGAUACCUUUCCAUCUUGUGACUCGCUUGUGGGACACAUAUCUUGCAGAAGGAGAUGCACUGCCAGAGUUCCUUGUGUACAUAUUUGCCAGUUUUCUUUUAACGGUGAGAUGGGCAUUCUUGCCUUUUUGCUGAUACGAGCUCUAAUUUAUGGUUGGAAAUGUAUUUGCUCUCAAUUGUCAUCAUUGUGUCUUUUACUGCUGUUUGGUGGAUAACGGGAAAUUAAAGGCAAAAUAUGAAAGAGCUUGUGUUUUGCAUUAUCCUGCAGUUAAAUCUAAUGCACCAUACAAGUGCCACUUUUGAAGUUAUCCCCGUCGUGUUUUUGUGGGCUCCUCAUUUGGACUCAGUACUGUCAUUCCAUGUUGGAAUGUUAUACUCAGAACACCACUGGCCUUAGUGCUAAUCAAUUAGUACCUUUUCUUGUUAUUUGCUAAUCCAUGGAAAGAAUAUUCCAUGUUUUAUAAAGCAAGUUCCUGUGCUAUCACUCCGACUAAACAUUGCAAGUUUCCGCAGCCUCAGGCUGGUUUUUCAGUAAUGCCUCGUUUAGCUUUGUUUUUCAUUGGUUCAUAUGCUAAAUAUUCUGGAUUAGGCCGUUGUCUAGCUCAUGAUUGAUCCAGUCUGUUGGUGCACUUUUAUUCCUAUUCCAUGUACCUUGUCUUUUUUCAAUUUUUUUAAAGAAAGAGAAACAUCAAGCAAUAGAACCUUAGACUCUGAAGAAUCACAUCUGCU